AUGUCCGACCAUCCACGGCCGCCGUCGAUGCCGCCGCCUCAGCCGCAGCCCUUCCGGUUCUGGCUUCCUUACAGAAGCAAUGUGGGGUCGUGGCGCCAGCAACCGCGGCCGCCAAUGCCACUGCCGCCUCGACCUCAGCCACCCGGUCCACCCCCACCAACCCCGGCGGAGCCCGCACGGCGAGCGCCUCCGUCACGCGCCGUGGAGGAAGACAUCCCCAUCCAGGCUGACUCGUCCGACGAGUCGGACACGGUUGCUGUUGAAGCUUUAGAGUCGCUGCGGCUACGAGGAGCCAGGCCGGCCAUGGCUGACUUGGAGCUGACGCUCUCGAGGUCGCCACCGCCGCCCACGGGCCCAGAGCAGGGCACGAGCGGGGGCGGCGACCGUGGGAAUGACGGCGCCAAGAUCUCCAUCUCCGGCUUCCCGAGGGCGCGCCUCUUCGACGGCGCCCGCGCGCCGUACCGGCGGGAGAUCGAGGACGGCCUCAAGAGCCUGGCCGGCCGCGAGACGCCGGCGCCGAGCCCGCCGGACAUCGGCAACCAGGGGUACCGGGUCUUCACGCUGGCCGGCCACAACGUCGGCGCGAGCAUGGUCCUCGGGAACGGCCCCAGCGGCGUGCCACUGCCAAGAACCGAUGAGCCGGAGCGCUCGGCGAGGCCGCCGUUGGUUGCCGCAAACGUGAACAGCAACGUGCAGGGCGUGAACAACUCGGCGAUGGAGGAGAGCACGUGCAACUCCGGCGACCCCGGGGUGCGCGUGGACAUCAAGAACACGCACGAGGAUCGUGUUGCGCUGGGGCAGGGCAAGGAGGAGCGGGAGGAGAAGCCAGAGGAACCGUCAAGAACACCGCCGCCGCAAGCAGCGAGCAGCGGCGAGGCGUCCCCGGCGCCGCCGAAGACGAGGCGGUGCCUUCGCGCGCUGAUGAUCGAGGAGCGGAAGCCGAAGCCGAUAUCCUGCCGGUUCCAGUGCGUGGCGGACCACGCGCCGAAGCCGGCGACGGCGAGCGACCCCGGCGGUAACAAGAGCGCGGGGAGGAAGGCGCGGAAGACAGUGUAG